UUUCCACUUCCAACUACAGCUCUCACACUUCCCAAGAAAACGGAUGUCUGGUUCUUCCGGAGAUUUGGAUUCUGCGCCGUUUCAUUCGACGUGUAAAUUAGCAGUUGAAGAGGAGCAUUCGAUCAUGGUUUCGGCACUGACACACGUGGUCAGCGACGGCAGAAUUGGGCUAACCCACACCCAGUACCAGCUUCUAGCAGCUUUUGACGACGCUCAGCUUCCAGCUAUUGAACUCUGGUUUCCCAGUGGCGACACGUGCGAGGUGUGCCGGAUUGUUGGCUGCUUGGGAUGCAACUAUUUCCAAGACGGAAAUUACAAUCAUAAUCAUAAUCAAAAUCAAAUUCAAAUUCAAAAUGUUGUGCCGGUAGAAGAAGAUGAGGAGAAAGAUCAAGACGAGGAGAAGAAAAUAGUUGUGGGCAAUAAGAAGAGAAGGAUGAAGAGGAGAUUCAGGGGAGUGAGGCAGAGGCCUUGGGGGAAAUGGGCAGCCGAGAUUCGUGACCCAAGACGGGCCACCAGAGUGUGGCUUGGCACUUUCGACACAGCAGAGAAAGCGGCGAGGGCUUAUGACAGAGCUGCCAUUGAGUUCCGUGGAGAUAAGGCCAAGCUCAACUUUCCUGCUUCAGAUUACCAAACCACAGAGCAGGAACAGAAACCCAAAUUGGAAAUCCAGGAAUGACGGCCCUUCUUUAAACUUCCGUAUAUGGUAUAGAAGCUUCUAUGACGAUAUGGAAGCUUCUUAAUUAAUUAAUUAAAUUAAUUUAAGUUUUUUAUUUUAUUUUAGAAAAAAAAAAAUAGAGGUACAGCUCCACAAGGAGGGUUCGAUCCGAAAUGUGGCAGCCUUGUUCUGCGUUUUUAUAUAUGAUACAAGGCAUCUCAUCUCUAUGUUAGUUAACUAAAAUCAAGGAAGAUGCAGAGGAUGGGAGCAUUUGGGGCUCUAAGUUAAA